GGACCCACGGCUCCUCCCCCGAGCCCCCGCGCGGCCCCGGUCGCCCGGGGCAGCGGCGAUCGCCGAGGCGGCGGCUCCCUCCCUCUCAGCCCCGCGGCCCCGGGGAAGCAGCGGGCACAGGUCCCGGGCAGGGAAGGUGGCGUCAGCAUCUGCUGCAGCGUCGACGUUGUCAGAGCUUCCCGGGAGGACCCGCGACAGAGCCCGACUGGGACCUGGGCCCCGGGCCUCCCCCCCAUGGAGAAGGCAGCCCCGUCCACUGAGCCCCCAGGGCCUCGGCCGGUCCUGGGCCGCGAGAGUGUCCAGGUGCCCGAUGACCAGGACUUUCGGAGCUUCCGGACCGAGUGCGAGGCCCAGGAGGGCUGGAACCUGACCUACAGCAAGGCCGGUGUGGCCGUGUGGGUCCAGGCUUUGGAGAUGGAACGGAGUUUGCACAAGAUCAAGUGCCGGAUGGAGUGCCGCGAUGUGCCUGCCGAGAUCCUCUACGAUGUCCUCCAUGAUAUUGACUACCGAAAGAAGUGGGACAGCAACGUUAUUGAGACUUUUGACAUUGCACGCCUGACAGUCAACGCGGACGUGGGCUACUACUCUUGGAGGUGUCCAAAACCCCUGAAGAACCGUGAUGUCAUCACCCUGCGUUCCUGGCUGCCCAUGGGCACCGAUUACAUCAUUAUGAACUACUCAGUCAAGCAUCCUAAAUACCCACCUCGGAAAGACUUGGUCCGGGCCGUGUCCAUCCAGACGGGCUACCUCAUCCAGAGCACGGGGCCCAAGAGUUGCAUCAUCACCUACUUGGCCCAGGUGGACCCCAAAGGCUCUUUACCCAAGUGGGUGGUGAAUAAAUCUUCUCAGUUCCUGGCACCUAAGGCCAUGAAGAAGAUGUACAAAGCGUGCGUCAAGUACCCCGAGUGGAAGCAGAAGCAUCAGCCGCAUUUCAAGCCCUGGCUGCACCCGGAGCAGAGCCUCUUGCCCAGCCUGGCUCUGUCGGAGCUGUCAGUGCAGCACGCGGACUCGCUGGAGAACAUCGACGAGAGCGCGGUGGCCGAGAGCAGGGAGGAGCGCGUGGGGGGCGCGGGGGGCGAGGGCAGUGACGACGACACCUCGCUCACCUGAACCCCGAAACCAUGGCAGGGACCUAGACCACAGAGUGGAGUCCGGGGAUGGAGCGGUGGACACCCCCGGCUUUCUCCUCUUCCCCCAUCCUACUACGCCUCUGGGGGGAACAACACAUUGGGCUCCAGUCUUCCCCGGAGCAGGGAGUCGUAGCUGGACACACCCCCCAAAUAAACUUAUCCCACCGCCUCA